AUGCAGGGCCUCUGAACAAUCAAUGCUGAUUAGGGGCCCUUUUGGCAAAAUGCUUUUAUUUACUGCUUCUGUGCUUGUGUCCAUGUUCCACCACAAUGUGACACAGUAGCAUUAUUAGAAUUGACAACAUUAUACAACAGCUCAUUACUAUAAGUGCCGUAACCCACCAACCAAUCAGAGGCUCCCUUUCUUUAUUCUAUUUAAUGUAGCAAAGCUAACAGCUAUAGGUUGCUGCUCUGGUGCAACACAAGUAGUUGAGGUGAUAAAGGUUAUUAUGGAACAGAAUGUGCGCUCUGCCGCUAAGAACCGGCGGUACUAACCAAACUACCAAACCCAAUAAAACCACGUUGUUACCGUCCCGACCAUCAGUAGACGAAUAAGACAUUUUGAGAACAAUACAAAUUAAAAAUUACACAAACCUAAGUUCUAUCGUACCUGACUACACUCUAGUCGCCUUACAGAUCGCGUUAGAUCCGGAACGGAGAUGCUUUGCGGAGGCAAUGACGUCAAAGCUACGCGACCAAAUUGUGGGCGGUAGGAUAAUACGUAGCGAAGGGUCUAGCGCCUAUCCCUAAGAAGCAUCAACGUCACGACAUCAUGUGACAGGCCGGACUAUGGAGUGAUUGGUGCGGCGUUACAGCUGCUUCCGGGAGUUGUAGCAAUGCAAUCGUAGUUGGGGGGGGAGAGGAAGUAUUGGCAGUAGAGGAGUCUGUGGACCGCAUGGGUGGACCGCAACUUUACUGCGGAUGCAGCUGAAGGGGCUGAAUAAUUAAAGACAUUUUCCUAAAGAAAAAUUCCAUGUAUAAUAAUAGCCCGGGACAGAUUAAAGCUGCAGUUCUGAUUUUAUAACACCUACUACACGUGGCAGCGUAAAUACAGGGUCUCAGUUCCAUGGAUCAUCAUAGACCAGAAGGAUGAUAAAAGUUGUGUCAUUCCUCUGGAAACUCAUCGGUUUUGGUUUAGGGAGUGGUAGCUUAUUGCCUUCCCGAGCCUUCCUUAUAAUCUUAUAAACAAAAAUGCUGGGGAAAAGCAGCAUCUAUUCAGCAUCUAUUCAGAGGGCAGCGCACUGGGGAAUGCUGCUGUGGGAGUUCAGUGUGGUAUAUUUGUAUUGUUUCUGGGGAUUAUUUUGUUUUGUACAGGUAUGGGUUGCCACCUUUGACGUCUGUAAAAACCAAACAAUGGGGCAGCAUGAUGAUAUUGACGGCAGAUUAGUGCCACGGGGGUAGGGUUAUGGCCUUUGGGGGCAUGUUUGUGCUUCUUGGGGCAGGGUUUUAAUAUUAGAGGUGGCUAUUGGCCAGAUAAUUGUUGAUUUCAAACGCGGUCUCUUGUAAAUUGGAUAUGGAAAUAAAGAUUGAUGUUUUAUACCUAUAAUUAUGGAGUGAGCUGUUCUUGAAAAAUCCCGGAGUUUACUGCUGUAAUGGUUGGUGUGGAUUUCACAGGGCUCAAAACCGACAGUUGUGACCCGAACUCCCCUAAGAAAGACCAAACUGUUCAGUAUAUCUGUAGAAAUAAGUCAAACAAUCUUCACAAACAAACUGUUCUAGUCAAAAUGGAACAGGUGGCAAACCUAAGUACAGGGCUACUCUGUACAUAGGGCAAAUAUACUGAAAUGUAGAAGCUUGAAUUACAUACCAACUAUUAAAAAUAUUUAAUAAGAAAGUUAAUAAUAGCAUAUUCUGUAAAUAAUGACAUAACUUUUUGUUUGAAAGGACAAUUUGCUGAAUGUACAAAUAAGUCUUAAUACAGAAACUUUGCAUUUGUUACUGUCCCUUUAAGUCUUGAGACAGGUACCCGAGUCUGCGAUGCAACGGUUUUUACAGCACGUGCCUAAGAUGGUGAUGUCACCAAGUGGCACCUGCCACAGGGCAAGAGCUGUGAACCGUUGGAAAGUGACUGUUGGUGUGAGGCGUUUGCUGAGGAGAGAGCGAGGAGGUGUUGCUCAGCGAGAGAAUGGAGAAAAAGGAGAAAAAAAUGAUUAUCGAUGAAGAAUUUGGAUCUGGUCCCUUGCAGGGGGUGAAGAGAAGGAUGGAGGUGAAAGAGGAUCAAGGAGGAAGAAGGGAGAAAAGGAGAAGAUCCAAAAAGGAGAAGAAGGAGUUCACGGAGGAAGAAUAUGGAUCUGGUGCCUCGGACGAGGUGAAGAGAAGGAUGGAGGCAGAAGAGGAUCAAGGAAGACGAAGGGAGAAAAGAAGAUCUAAAAAAGAGAAGGAGUUCAUUGUGAAAGAAUAUGUAUCCGGUCCCUCGGAGGAGGUGAUAAGACGGAUGGAGACAGAAGAGGAUCAAGGAGGAAGAAAGAAGAAAAAGAGACGAUCUAAAAAGGAGAAGAAGGAGUUCAUGGAGGAUGAAUUUGGAUCCGGUCCCUUGAAGGAGGGGAAGAGAAGGAUGGAGGCAGAAGAGGAUCAAGGAGGAAUAAAGAAGAAGAGGAGAAGAUGCCCUAAAAAGCAUCAAAAGAAGACUGGAAAGAGGACCAAGAAGGAGACUGCAGCAGGAGGAAGUGGCUUGGAGACGACUCAGGCUGAUGCUGCAAAGAUUAACCCUUUGGAUAUUAACAACUACGAGUUCUACGGAAAGCUCGGGGAAGGAGCCUUUGCCACUACUGUGUUGGCGACAUUACGUGGCAGCAAGAAACAUCUCGCCAUAAAGAUCCAGGAGAAAUCAGAGGAGGAUUAUGACAUCAUCCUUACAGAAUCCGAAAUUUUCAAGAUUGCCAAGGACAGUCCUUUCCUAUGCCAUGGCUUGGCUGCUUUCCAAUCAGAGCAUCGCGCCUUCCUCGUCCUGGAAUACCUGAGUGGGGGAAACCUGGAAGAUCUGAUAGAUGAAUCCGGCUACCUGCCAAGGCCCUCUGUAGAGUUCUACUCUGCUGAGAUAGCAUGCGGCCUGGAAUUUCUUCAUGACAGGGGAAUUGUUCAUCGCGACCUGAAACCAGAGAACAUCUUGCUGGAUGAAAAGGGUCAUAUAAAGAUCUCAGACUUCGGUUUGGCAGUGCAGAAUGUUUUUGGUGACGUAACCAUCAAUGGCUGGGCAGGAACACUGCGAUAUAUGGCCCCAGAGAUCUUGUGCGGAGCGGACUACAACACGGCUGUGGACUGGUGGUCAUUCGGGAUCACCACUUGCAGGAUGGCUUCCAAUAUGUUCCCAUUUUAUGGUGCAAAUGAUUAUGAUUUGAUCAUCUAUGAGGAGCCCAACAUCCCUGAAUGGCUGCCUGAAGAUCUGAAAGACCUUUUGAAAAAGCUCCUGAAUAAACAACCUUAUGAUCGCCUGGGUGUGCAUGGAAAUAUCAGACACCAUCGAUUUUAUUCAUCUAUUAAUUGGCUGGAACUUGAACAACAACGGAUACCACCACCUUUCCAGCCAUCAGAGGAACAUUUAAGGAAAAUUCAUGGAAAGGCUAUGUCAACUUUGGAUGUCUUGAUCCCCGGCCCCACCUCAAAGGAGCAAAUAACAAUUGAAGGUUUUUCCUUCCUUAACGCCAUUUGGCAAAAGGACUAAACCACCUGUCCCAGUUCUAGUUCCAGCAUUUCGUUUGCCACUUAAGAUUUUAAAAAUUUAAAGGAGAAAAAAAGAAGAGGUGAAAGAAGAGAGGUGAGUAGAGGAGAUAGGGAAAGAGUCCACACAGUCCAAAGAAAGAAGUGGAGAAGAGAAGAAGAGGACAAGAAAGAAAAGAGAAGAUGAAAGAAGAGGAGAAUGAGAAAAGAGAAGAAAAAGGAGGAAGAGGAGGAAAGGUGAGAAAGAGGAUAGAGAAGUUAGGGAGUAAACAUGGUCCAGGAGAAGAAAGAAUAACGAUGAGGAAAAAGAGGGCAGAAAAGAAGAGAAGCAGAGAAAAAAAGGAGAGAAUAGAAUAGACUAGAAAGAAGACAGCAGAGAAUAGAAAAGAAGAGUGGAGAAGAAAGAGAAGAGGGGAGAUAGAAGGAGAGGGUGGGUGAGAUGAGAGAGAUGGCAAGGAAGAGAUAAGGGAAGACUGUGUAGAGGGGUGAAUAGAGGGAGGAGAGUUUGGAUACGAGUGAGGAAAAGCAGAGAAGAGGGGAAGGGCUGCAGAUCAAUGAGUAGAGAAGAGGCAAGAGCAUACAAUAAGUAGAAUGAAUAGGUAAGACAAAAUGAUCAAGGAGGGAAGAGGUGGGAGGACAAACAUUAGAGAAGAGGGGCGGAGGACAGUAGAAGAGAAAAGAAAGGGGAGAGGAUUUGAUAGCAGUGAGAGAAGAGAUGAUGAGGAUGGGAGAGGUGAGAAGACAAAGAAGGAUAGUGAAGAGGUGGGACAAGUGGAAAGUAUAGAGAGAGGGGAAGGAAAUGGGUGAGAGAACAUGAGAGAGGGGAGGAAAGAGGUAACAAGAGACAAGGGAGGAGUAAAUGAAAGGGAGGAAGAGAGAUGAGACGAGGGAUGGGGCUGUUAGGAUAAUUAUCUAUUAACUGGCAGCAAUACUCUUAGUAAAAGGUUGAUCCAGGGACUUGUCUGAUUGCCAUUUUGGAGUCAGGAAGGAAUUUUUUCCCCUUCUGUUGCCAGGAGGGGUUUUUCGCCUUCCUCUGGAUCAACUUAUUUGUAGCUAGAUAACUAGGAAGGGAGGUAAGGAGUAAGUAUGAAUGAGUGCUGAAUGAAACUCAUGGCCACCAUCAGAAAAAUUUAGCCCCUGUAGAGAUAUAUCAGUGAAAAGACAUGUGGGGUUGGCAAGGAGUUCAAAGAAAUUUGUGUGGAGUAAAGAGCUUAAGGGUUUCAACGACAGGUCCCGGGGAACCUAGGUUGUGGAGGUUAAUGGAGAAGUUGCAGGGCAAAGACAUUGAUUAGAGGUUAGAGGUGGUGACUAAAGGAAAGGUAAGACUUGUGCCAGUGGAUGCAGAUCUCUGCAGAGACAGGCCAAGAAUCCGCUCCUCCACUGCUGCUCAAUGUGCCUGCACCCGAAUACAUUGCCACGGCUCGGAUACAGACAGACACAUCGGAUUUCAGUGCCGAAAUGCAAAAUUUUGUAUUUCACGCCCAAAUCCGUCGUGUCUGCCUGCACCUGAGCCAAGGCAAUGUAUUCUGGUGCAGGCCCAACAAGCAGCAACGGAUGAGCAGAUUCUUGGCCUGCGUUUCUCCGCAGAGCUCUGCAUCAAAUGGCACUAACCCAGGAGAGGAAGGUGGUGGUGGAAAACAGCAGGGGAGAACUUUAAAAUAAUUUCAUAUUAGUAUGCCAUUAUUUAGAUUUUUGUAAAAAUGAGUUCUGUAACAAAGGCCAGAAAUUCCUAAACAUGAAAUAUAAUUGUUAAAAAGGAUGAUGAUGAUAGUAUUCUGUAAACUUCCUCCAUGCGAGUGCUUUUCCAGAGUAGUCAAAGGGAUAGUGCACCUUUAAUAUAACUUGAGUAUGCUGUUAAAUCUCUUACACAUACAGGAUUUCUUUUUCUUACAAAUCUGGAAAAUAAAUAAAAUUACUUAAAAAAGUAAA